ACAAUCAAGCAUAAAAAAUGGCAUGGAGCGUGUUGGAAGACGGGAUGUGGCGUCCACCCCCCCUCCCCUCCUUUACAAUAGCGAUUGGAUGAAAUCAAAUACAUGUGUUGGGUUUGCCCAAUCAACUCGGUGUUUUUGUGCUACGACUCGCUAUAUCUCUUAUAUAUUAUUUUGGGGGAGGAACAUGGUUGCUCUACAUACUACUCCCUCGAUGGCGGUUCCAGAUCAUCCAAUCCAUUACACGGCGGUGGAACAGGACUGCGAAUUUUACCACUUUGACGAAGACGAGUUGGAUUUCUCCGACUUGCAUGUUCGUUACAUUGAGCCUGCCGUCACGCAGCAGCUUCUAUUUCCUGCUCAUUCUCGUCGUCAGCAUUCCCAGACCUCAUCUCCCCUCUCCGUCUCGAACAACAACAACGAUGAUGAUGACGAUGCAGAGAUCCUGCUGUCCACUCUCGCUCACCUCGCUCCAUCCGUUGCGAAAGACUUUACUCCUAAACCUCUCUUUCCUUCGGCUCUCCCUUUCAAACUCAUUCAUGACAUCUACGACCCCAUGGGACAAGAUGAUAGCUACAUCGCCAUGAGCUACUCGUGGAAGAAGUCAAAUCGGGCCACAAGAAAGACAGUCAGCCCCUUAGGAGACCUUCCCUUCGGAUGGGUACGAACAGUUGAGCAAUUCCCUUUGCCAACGAGUAAAGGGAUGUUCAUGGCGGUCUUGUGUGAGAGAUCGGAAGGGGAAGGAUUAUGGUUCGAUCAAGUAUGUGUUGAUCAGGAGAAUGAGGUAGAAAAGGCAGGCGCGAUUGCAGCGAUGGGCGAUGUGUAUCGAAAUGCGAGAUCAGUGGUGGUUGUGUUAGAUGAUGUUGAGGUUGAGAGACAUGAAGCGGGUGCUCUACAGUGGUGGAUGAGGCAGUGGGAGGGCUUUCAAGAUCAUGACGUGUCUAUAUGGCGGAGAGAGCGGCAAGAGAUGAACACUGCCUUGAUGGAAGGGGAUCUUGUGGUAUUGUCGUUUGUGGAGAGGAUGCUGGAUUCGGAGUGGUUCCGUUCUGCAUGGUGUCACCUAGAGAUGAGAAUGGGACGGAAUCGCGUGUUCCUGUGUCCUAUUGCUGGCUCAGAAAACGGAAUCAGCUCUAUUAUACGAUUCACUGGUUCUCUCUUGUUGCGUAUGUUAAUGCUUGCCGACAAAGCUGCCUCCCUCGCCCCGUCACAGCGAGCUCAGAUUCAAUCACUUCUCCGCAUUCUCCGGGCACCAUCAGCAAUACGGGGAAAAUCCAGCGACAAUGUUGGUCCUUCCCCAGGUCAUUGUACUGAACAAAACACGUCGCUCUCUGCACACGCUACAUCGAUUGUAGCAGCGACAACAGACGUUUUCAAGCUCAUAACACGCGGUGAUCCGCGAAUGCCAGAGCACUUACGCAGACUAGAUGCAAAUCGCGACAAAAUAUCCAUUGCUCUCAACAUAACGAAUACCCCGUUAGCCCUGAUAUCAGCCUCGCCAUUUCAAAGACCCUCCAUUGAAGACGAAUGUCUCCGCAAACUGCUACUCCUCGGCCUGGCAUCUCGCGAUCCAUUCGCUUUAUGUACAACCGGUCCACCGCUUUGUCUCCACGAUGGUUCUAUGUCAUGGCUUAGUCGGCCGGUCCCUCCUGUCACAUCUGUCACUUCGUUAGCGCCACCACCACUCGCGCGACAUGAUGUAGAAAACAUCACUCAAGGCUCCGACGGCCGAGCUGAAUACGUCCAGCUCGACUUCACAUUCUUAGAUCUCCCGCAUCGCUCCCGCCCGAAUCCAGCCUUUAUGUCUCACGUCCAACGCGCGCGCGACACCAUCGAUAUAUGCAUCCAAUACAGAAUUCGAAGCCAUAGCACACUUUGGAGUAAUAUAUUAUCAUAUACUUCACAAGCCAACCCCCAUCACCCACGCGUCCCAACCCUUCGGAACAUUUUCAUCCAAACACUAGCUUGCGCCUUCGAAUGCGGUCUCCAAUGGCUUCUCGACAUAGCAGCCCAACAACAAGGAGAUCCAACGCCAUCUUCUCUAAACACGAUACCAGCACAGCUAUCGCUUUUUCAACAAUCUAUCCAAUCCCUCUUCACACCUUCCCUCCCAAUCACCCACUUCCUCACGACCCAGCAUCCCUCACAAAUCAUUCCUUCGUUAUCCUUUCUCCUCACGAUCCUCGGCCAAACCAUCUCUUCGGGUAUCCCGUGGGCUUCAGGAGCAAACGAAUGCUCUCAUGGCCCGCUGAUCGUCACACUGCCUUCCCCACAAGCGCAAUCACCUUCCAACCACGCACCGCCGAAUAAAAAAGCAGUUCUCUUUGCUCCCUUCGUAUACUCUAAGACUCUGCUUGUAGCUGUGCCGAAGGCACUUUCUUCAAGCGGUUAUAAUGAUUUGUCCCGCGCGUGGGUGUUGACGCCCAAGUCACUGCAUACUGGAGGCUUCGAAGCUGUGGGUGGGAGGGGAAAUGCUGUGCGGUGGGUUUUGAGAAGUAAGAGUGUGUUGGCUGGAGAGCGACAGUUUUUAGAGGGUUUGGAUAGGAGGGAAGGGGAUGAAAGUGAGGGAAGUGGAGGGAGAAAAGUGGUGCAUUGGAUAUAUGGGCCUGGGAGGGAGGACGGAGGUGUUUUCUAG